AGUACUCAAUAUUACGUGGGACACAAUAGCGAUAUCACUGAGGAAGAAUUAGCAGAAUUACCUUCAUGUGUUUAUGCAGGCAGAUCCACGCAACAUAUCACGCACACAUCGCCACAUACACAUUCUCCUUUGCACUAUCAUGUGCCAGUUUCAACGCCAGAUCAUGACACAGAGAUGAACGGCGUAGAAGAAGGUUAUUAUCCAAAUGGCAGUCCUUAUAGAAUUCAAAGACACGCGGCUAAUAUUCGUGAAAGAAAACGUAUGCUGAGCAGCAUCAACUCGGCUUUCGACGAGCUUCGGGUCCAUGUGCCAACCUUUCCUUACGAAAAGCGACUGUCAAAGAUUGAUACCUUGCGCCUGGCCAUAGCAUACAUUGCUCUCUUGCGCGAGGUUCUAGCAGCCAGGCUUGAUCCCUUAACAUACGUCGAGAGGUGUCUUAGGGGUGAAAUAAAUGGCGAACGAGCUGAAUGGAACACGAGCGAUCUGACGGCACGCUUAUCCUGGAUAAAUUGGGAAAAUUUGGGGGUGAAUCCAAAUCGUCGAUCAGUACUUACUACUUUGGCACUGACAACCGACAAUAUGAAUUAAAUACUGAUAACAUUUUGGCAGUAAUUUUUCUUUUCUUUGUAAAUAUCUUUAUGCACAGAUAAGAAAAGAGAAAGAAAAAAAAGAAAUGCUAAAGACUUUCGCGAUCACAUUUUAGUUAACGUGCAAUACAAGCGACAAACUUAUUCAGUAUCUAUGUGUACAUGUAUAAGAUAUAGUACAAUUUAGUAUUUGCUUUGAAAUAAAAUCGAUGCUGUUCGAGACUCUUGGCUAUAUGUAUUUUUAAUAAUGCCAAUCAGAACUUAUAUAUUUUUU